ACCAUAUAUUCCUAUAUAUAACAAAGCACCAUUUCUAAACAUCAAAGUUCCAACAGAGAGUAGCACCAUAACUCUAUAUAUCUUAAUUCAUUCACCAUUACACAACACCUCAAGUGCUGUUACUGCUGGUGAUGAUGGGUAGAGCACCAUGCUGUGAUGAAAGUGGUUUGAAGAAAGGACCUUGGACACCAGAAGAGGAUAGAAUAUUGGUGGAACACAUUCAGAAACAUGGCCAUGGAAGUUGGAGAGCUCUUCCAAAGCUAGCAAGAUUGAAUAGGUGUGGAAAGAGUUGUAGAUUAAGGUGGACUAAUUAUUUAAGACCUGAUAUCAAAAGAGGAAAAUUCACAGAAGAAGAAGAGAAAACCAUCAUCAAUUUACAUGCUGUUCUUGGUAACAAGUGGUCAGCUAUAGCAGGUCAUCUACCAGGGAGGACUGACAAUGAAAUAAAGAAUUUUUGGAACACUCAUUUAAAGAAAAAGCUUCUUCAAAUGGGGUUAGAUCCAGUGACUCAUCGUCCAAGAAUCGAUCAUCUCAAUCUCAUCACCAAUCUUCAAAACUUUCUUGCUGCAAACGUCAUCAACAAUUUAUCAAACACUUUCAACAUUAACUCUACAAAUAAUGCUCUAAGGCUUCAAUCAGAUGCAGCCAAACUCCAACUUCUUCAAAACAUGCUUCAAAUUCAAGCUCUCAGUGCCAACAAUACUCCUUCAAACAUGGAUUAUUUACUCAAUAUCAAUCCAUUUGGACAAUCUUCGUCUUCGUCGCAGCAAGAAAGUUUGUUGCAAAAUGAACUUUUUGGAUUGAAUAAUCAGUCCAAUAUUCAAGGCUUUGAAGUGCCUCAGAUGCUGAAUGGUGUAACUAAUGGAUAUGAUUAUAUGAACUAUGACAGCAAUAGUAGUAGUUGCUUGAAAACUGAUCAAAAAGUUGAUGAACUAUUUGAUGCUAUAACAACAAAUUCUUCUUCGACGGUAGCGAUGAAUUCGCUUCCGAAUUUAGUUUCAGUUUCAACAGAUUCUGGUGUGAAAGAGAUGAUGGAAAAUAGUAAGGUUAACCAGAAUGAGUGUUCUACUAAUCCUUCUUCAACUUCAACUACCUUUGAAAUGUUAGGAGAUUUCAUGUAUGAAGACGUAAGCGAUGCUUAUUGGAAAGAUCUCUUAGACCAAGAGUCUAAUGAGUAACCUGCAGCUAUUAUCCUACAGUUCCAUGUGAAGAAAACUGCAACUCAAGAUUUAUAGAGCGAUAAUGGGAAUUAUCGUUGAUUUUUAGUCAUUUAGGUGUUGGUUCAUAUGUAUUUAAAAAUGGAUUUCUUUUUUAAUUUACAAGCUUCCGUUUGUAUAGAGGAUUUAUAAUACAACGUGGAGAUUUUCAUUUGUUUUAUAGAAUCUAGAUCUUUAUAUAUUCAUCUUCAUGUAAUCGAGUAGUGAACGAUUUUCAGUUAAGAAUAAAU